UGGGGAGAGUGGAGGUCUCAAGGAAGCUGGGGAGAGUGGAGGCUGUCCCACGCGCUGGCAAGUCGGCCCUGUGCCACCACCACCACCACCUCCGUCUCCGUGACGGAGGAGGCGGCGGUGGUGGUGGAGGUGUCACGAUUCGCCGCUCGACUCUUCCUCGUGCCCCUCGCCCCACCAGGACCCCUCCACCUGUGCGUGGAGAUGGGGCCGCUGCGCGUGCUGCUGCCGCCCUCCGACUCGGAGGUCCACGACCUCGACCUGACGGUGCCCUUCACCUGCCUGCGCUCGCACCACCUCCUGCAGGUGCUCACGUGCCUGCUGCUGGAGCAGAAGCUGGUGCUGCUGUCGGCCGAGUGGGCCCUGCUGGCGCCGGUGGGGCACAGCCUGCUGGCGUUCCUCGCGCCGCUGUGCUGGCGCCACACCUUCGUGCCCGUGCUCGCCAGCUCCAUGCUGGGCUUCCUGGAGGCGCCCACCGUCUACCUGAUGGGCACGCACGGCAGACACAAGCACGCCAUCAGCCAGGUGGAGGACCUGGUGAUCGUGGACCUGGACAGCGGGCAGCUCGUCCCCACGCCGGCCAGUGUGCCCGGGUACCCCCCGGGAUCCGCGGGGCCCCCCGGGACACCCGACGGGCAGCCCCUGACCCCCCUCAUCGCUCCUCCCGAGGAGGCGGCGGAGGCGUUCUUAAGCAGCUGCCGCCACGUCUGCGUCCGCGAGGAGGCUCACGCGCUGGGGGUCGCGACCCCGUGCUCCCUGCACGAGCUGCGGCGAGCGGCGCGCGCCCGGCGCCAGCGGCUCAACGCAUGCAUCCAGGAGCUCUUCCUGGGCUUCAUCCACCGCGCGUUCCGGGAGGUGUUAGCGCACCUGGACGUGGAACAGCGAGUGUUCAGCCGCGAGGAAUUCCUCGAGUCACGGAGACCUGCGGACCUGCCCUUCUACCGCAAGGUGCUGGACACGGACGUGUUCGAUUUGUUCCUCAAGGACCGCCUGGCGCAGAAGGCCGACUCCUUCUCUCGCCUGGAGAACAAAUCUAGCUCCUGGUCGCAGAAGAUGAAGCAGGAGAUGCUGCGCAGCCUGCGCCGGCGCACGACAGAGGAGCGAGCGCGUCAGCAGCCGCGUCCGACCAGCGCUCACCUCGGCGAGGGAGUCACGACGACGCAUCCUGGGGAGGAGCACGACCCCAGCAGCCUCGCGUUCGCAGGUCCCGCUCCGCCGGCACCACCGAUGGAGCCCUGGGGCCCCGACCCGUGGGACGACGGAGCGGUCUUCACGCUGCCCCCGCUGCCCCCGGACCCGCUGCUGCCCGGCGAGGGGCAGCGCUACUGCGAGGGGCUGUGCGUGGCGCUGGGGGCGGCGCUGGGGCAGGUGGCGCCGAGCCGCUGGGGGCUGCGGGCGGCGCUCCACGCGGUGCGCGCCGGCGCCCGGCUCGCGAGCCGCCAACCGGAGCUGGCGCUCCAAGACCUGCACAGCAUCUCCAAGAUGGACAAGUCGGUGGUGCCGCCCGACGAGGCGCGGAGGAUCCUGCUGCUGCUGCCCACGUGGGCGCGAGCCCAGGUGGAGGAGCGGGCCGAGCUCAGGUGGCUGCUGCAGGAGGAAGUGGACGAGCCGGCGCUGCCCCCCCACGCGGCGGGGCCGCUGGGCCCGACGGGCUCGCCGGACGGCCGCGUGCGCAGCUUCGCGCUGCCCUCGGCGCCGCUCUCCUGCGACGAGCUGGGCACCUGCGUGCGGGAGGCGGGCAUCACGUGCGACCCGGCCACCGUCGGGCGCCUGUUCGGCGCCCUCACCAACGGCCGUGGCGAGGUGCUGCCCGCCGACGCGGUGCGACGGCUGUACGAGGCGUGGCGCGCCACCGAGCGGGCGGCGCGGGAGCUCUCGCUGCCCGUGGAGGCGCUCGCCCGCCUGGACAGUAGCGAGAUCGUCUACAAGGUGUCGCCGGUGGUGCUGACCAGCCUGGGGCAGGGCCGCGUGGCCAUGACGCAGUCGCGCCUCUUCCUGCUGCGGGACGGAGCGGCGGUGCCCUUCGUCGACAUCGCCAAGUUCAGCGACAUCGAGGACGUGCAGGAGGUGUCCACGCUGGGGGUGCUGCGGCCGCGCCUGCAGGCGCUGCGCGUCGUCUCGCGGCGCCACCCCGGGGCGCCCUUCGUCGCCAACCUCAAGGAGCAGCACGGACCCUGGUGCCUGGCGGUGCGCGAGAUGCGCGCCGGCAAGCGGCUCGCCCACGCGCUCAAGGACGCGCAGUUCGUGCACCGGGCGCUCACCAACGUGCUGCUCAUGGACGCGGUGGCGCAGUGCGUGCGGCGCAAGCGCGCCGCCACGGCCGCCGCCAUGCUGGCGCACUGCACGCGGGAGGACGCUCGAGUGUCGGUGGAGAGCGGUCCCGCUGGCCGCGCUGGACACGCUGGACACGCUGGUGCACCGGGUGACGCCGGCGCAGGGCAAGCCGCUGGCCGUCGACGCGCUGCUCUACGUGCCGGGCGAGCUGCUGCACGGCGGGGGGGGCGGAGAGGGCACCCCCCCCCGGCUGUGGUGCGCUCUGAGCGGGGGCCGCGUCGUCGUGUUCGACGCGGCCACCUGGACCGUGGAGCACGGACACCUGCAGGCCGGCACCAAGAGACUGAACCGCCUGCUGUGCGUGGGGGGCUCCCAGGUGUGGGCCGCCUCGUCCGACCGGAGCGUCUACAUCCUGGAGGGGCACGCGGGCGGCGCGCUGGGCUGCCGCCGCCACCUGGCGGGGCACGCCGACGAGGUCACCGACCUCCUGCACGACGACGACGACGACCAGCGGCCAGCGGGCGACGGCCAGCACACCGGAGUGAUCUCGUGCAGCGCCGACGGCCACAUGAUCACGUGGGACGUGCACGCGCUGGAGGCGGCGCGCCACGUCCGCCUGCCCGACUGCCGCUCGCUCACCUCCGUGCAGCUCCACGGCGGCGAACUGUGGUGCUGCGUGGAGCGGUUCGUGGUGGUGGUGAGCCGGGCGGGUGAGGAGCGCCGGCGCUUCGGGAUGAUCAACGACGGCUGCUACACGCUGCUGCGCUGCUUCCUGCUGCUUCCAGAGGAGGGGAAGCUGCUGGCCGCGUGCCGCAACAGCGGCGCCAUCCUCGUGUGGAGCCUCCACGGCGGCGACGGCGGCGCGGGGCAGCCGUGCGCCCACGUGGCGCUGCCGCUCGUCUCCGCCGUCACCUGCAUGAUCCACAUCAAGGACC